CCUCAACAUCAAAUAUAAAUUUACACUCAACAUUUAGAGAAAGAAACAUCUUAAUAUAAUAAUAAUUCAGUCGAUAGACUGAAAUACUAGGCCAGAAAUUUCUGUAAAAAUAAAAUUCAUGUUAUUAUUAAUGUUUGAAUUAUCCAUUGACUUGUAGCAAUGGAUUAUGGAUAUAACAUUUUUGUGAGAUAGUUUGCAUCUCGCUAUGAAUUUCCAGAAAUUACCAUAUUUGCAUAUUGACUGCCAAUUAAACUGGCUGCUGAAGGUCGGAACUGGUAGUUAACAAUGUAUUACCUUUUUAAUGAUGACAUUUAUGUUGCAGUAGUGCCACAAGGCUGUACAUUCCAGACUGUAACAUAAAAGUUUCAGUACUACAUAACAUUUGUCAGCAUGUAUCACCCAAACCUUAAAUAGAAAGCUGCUGAUUCUGUUAUGAUAUUCAAGGUUACUUUCUAUGAAAACCAUCACUCUUUUACUAAUUGGUGGUUGUGAGACAUAAUAAACUGCCCAGUUCAAUUAGAGUAAGCACAAACAGUAGAGACAUAGGAGACUGCAGAUCCUGGAAUCUGGAGCAAAAAACAAAUUGCUGGUGGAAUUUAACUGGUCAGGCAGCAUCUGUGGGGGAAACGGACAGUCGAUGUUUUGGGUCCACAGAUGCUGCCAGACCCGUUGAGUUCCUCCAGCAAUUUGCUUUUUUUUUAACUUACAAAUAGUAACAGUUUGGCAAAGACCCUCUGGUCUAUUCUGCUUAACCGACACAGUUAUAUCUACGUAUCACAACACUGGCACUUCCUAACUCACCCAAAGUUAGAAGGCAUUGCUCAAAUAUGUGUGUGUCAGCACAGACUAAAACUUAUUACACAAUCAACCCUACAGAUUUCAUAUUUCAUUCACAUCAAACUACUUCAAUAAAAAUAGCUAAGCACUGCCAUUUUAAUGCAUUGUGAUUAUUUUCCACCAAAAUAAAUAAUAAUGACAAACUGCCUAAACCACUCAAUUAAGCAUUUUGAACAGUCAUUUUCAGACAAACAUUUAAGCCCUUUCAGUAGCAUUGGAUAAAGUGGGAAAACUUUGAUUGGAUGCUGUGUAUUCUGUUGGAGUACAAAGGUGACAGAGUGCCUCAGCGCUGAAGAGUAAGGACUUUUCUGGAAUGCAUGGUUUCAGAGCCCGGAGUUGGCACCAAGUUUUGUAUAAUUCCAGCCUCCAGGAUGUUUCUUUUGUUCUGGUGACAUUGUUGAAUGUCACAGACUAGAAGAGUAAUGUGUCCUGACGCAACAUUUUAUUUCCUAGUCAACAACACCAAACACAUAUUAAUCGCAUAUUCAUCUCAUUUGGCAGUGUGGGACCUUGUUGUUUGCUGUGGGCUCUGCCACCUUUAUCUACGGGACAGUUGGCUGCACUUCAGAUCAACCUUACCAAACAGUAAUUACCCUGGGAAAUUCUUAGAGCGUGAAAAGACGCUGUCAGGCGCCGUUAAAAAAAUCCCUUGAAACGUGGCGAUGCUGAGGGAUGACAUUACAGGGAAGUAGAUCUUCAGAAGGAAAGUUCCACCGACCAAGUCUACACGGGAGCAACCGCCAAGACUUGAAAAAAACAUCUCCACGGUCAGGGCGGCUCACAGCGGCGAGUCGACGCCACUUAGAGGUAGCAAACUGAUCUCCAGGUAUCUCCCGCGGAGAAGGAGCUACCAAACUCCAAUCAGUGAACCAGCAAUAACCCAGCGUGGUCGCAAGUGAGCGGGGAGCGCACCGCCGGGGUGACGAGGUAGAAGGAGAUAUCCUCCCCCAAUUCAACUGGUGGGGACCCCCCCUGCUCCAGCGGUGUGAAAUGUUACCGUGGUGCGUUGCUAUCUGCCUGCUGGUUCUCGCUACAUCGCUGGUUCUCCUCAAGCUGUACUUCUGGGCUGGUUGGAAGGUUCCCAAUUCCUCGCCAGUGGAGAGAGGCGAGGGAGUCCCGAAGCUCAUCUGCAAAUCUUCAGCCCUCGCUACCCACCUGCUAAAAACCUGCAAGACCUUCUCCCUGGACGUGGACUCCCGGCUGGUGUGGAGGGAGUGGCCGCACCUGCAGACGCUCCACAGCGGCUUGUGGCCCCGGGCCAGGGGGCUGUGCUUCCUGCGGGAGUACCUGCAGAUGUCGGACCAGGGUCUCAUCGCCCUCGACUGGGCGGUCAGCGGGUCCGGGAGCCCGAGGCGAGUGUCCAGCAACUCGCCGGCUCCUAUCUUGCUGUUGAUCCCGAACUUCCUGGGGAAAGUGACCAGGGGUUGCUCCCUGCUCUGCCUGCUGGCCUCACGCCACGGCUACCGGCCGGUGGUCUUCAAUCGGCGCUGCCACAACCGGGUGCCGCUCGCCACUUGCAGACUCCAGCCCUUCGGGGAACCGUCGGACUUGCGGGAGGCGGUCAGCUACAUCCGAUACAAGCACCCGCUAGCCAAGUUGUACGCAGCGAGCGAGGGCUCCGGCUCGGCGCUGCUGCUCUCCUACCUGGGCGAGUGUGGCUCUUCCAGCUACAUCACGGCGGCCGCUUGCAUCUCGCCCAUCUUCAGGUGCCAGGCUUGGCUGGAGACAGAGCCUCUUGGGCUCUACCGCUGGCUCACGCUGUUAUAUCGGAAAACCACCCUGAGCAGGUACACCACUGUUCUUGGAGAAAUAGUAGAUAUGGAUAAGUUAUUCAGGAGCUGCACUCUCAGGGAAUUGGAGGAAGUGCUGUUUUGUCAGCAUAAUUUGAGUUGGGCAUCCUACUGGGAAAAGAAUGAUCCAUUGAGGGAUGUGGAUGAGGUUGCAGUUCCUCUCUUAUGUAUUUGUAGCAAUGAUGAUCCAUGCAGAGGCAAUCCAGAGAUCUCAGUGCCUUUUGAGUUAUUUGAAACUAACCCCUAUUUCUUCCUUUUGUUAACCAAACAUGGAGGACAUUGUGGCUUUUUGACAAGCAGAUCCUUCAGCUGGAGCCACGAAGCUUUACUCGAAUACUUCAAAUCAGUUAGUGAGUUUUUCAAGGCUGAGGAAAGGACAAAGAGUGCUUAUCGAAGAAAAGUAUCAAUAAUGUCCUAUAAACGAAAAGGUAUUACAACCCUCAAAAAGGAAUUCACUUGUUCUCAUAAUAUUCAUGACAUUUUUAACUGGCAAAGAUCAUACACAAGAUGA